GAGCCGAGUGAAGCAGAGCGGCGUAAUCCUUCCAGUUGCGAGCUUCUUCGUCGCGCCACGGUUUCGUUGUGUAACGAGUAGCCGUCGUUCCAUGUACAAGGCACACACGGUCGUAUCUUCCCUCGCAAAACCGCUCGCGAUGGUGUCGUAUUGUCGUGAGUAACAUUCGCCUCCGGUUACCAGUCACUGUCCCACAACCAGGACGCGAGCCCAAACAACGCGAUCUUCCGCGGACCGAUCAAAUCUCGCCGGGUUUCCCUCGGGAAAUCGCUGGUUCGCGGCCGUUUCGCCUAAACGUGGCCGGUUACCACCGAGCAGGUUCUUUUUCGCGGCAGGUUGCGUAACGCGUGUGCCUGCAGAACGAAAGCCACGAGCAGAAAUCGAUGGCGGGUCUCGUCAAGAUUCGUCGGGAAGCAGUGCAAUCAAACGGGAAACGGUUGGAUUCGUUUGUUCGGCGCCGAUCGCGCGUGGCAUGAUCCAGGUGAUUAGAACCGUUUGAGGAUCGGCUGUUUUCGUGGAUCCUCGGAUGCUCGGGUGCCGGUCGGCUUGGUUCUCGAAUCUCAUCCUCGGGAUGGUCCUUUUCCACACCGUUAGCAUGAACCCGAGGGUGGAGUACAUCCCGUUGCCGCGAACAUUGCCGAACGAGCUGUGCCUGACUUGGAAGAACAUCUCGUACACGACCCAGAAAAAGUGCAACGGCGAUCUAAGGGCGAUGUUCGGCCUGCAGCGCACCGAAUACGUCACACUCUUGGAAGAAGUCAGCGGCGUAGUUAAUUCGGGGAUGCUGAUGGCCAUCAUGGGACCAAGCGGCGCUGGGAAAACUACGUUGCUCGCGACGAUCAGCCGGCGAGUCAAAGGCAGUGCGACGGGCGAGGUACUGCUGAACGGAAAGCCGAUAGACACGGAGCAGAUGAUAAGGAUAUCGGGAUUCGUUCCGCAAAUGGACCUGGCGGUCGAGUCGCUGACUGUUCAAGAGCACAUGGAGUUCAUGGCCUGCAUGAAAAUGGACAGAAGGGUUCGCUCGAACAUCCGAAAGCAGCAGAUCGCCGGCGUAUUGGCAGAGCUGAAUCUAGAAAAGUGCACGGGCAGCAGGCUGUCUGCUUUGUCCGGCGGAGAAAGAAGAAGAGUCACCCUGGCCGUUCAACUGCUGACCGAGCCCAGCAUCCUGUUCUGCGACGAGCCCACCACAGGACUGGACAGUUACGGCGCUCUGUCGGUCGUCAGAACCCUCAGAGAGGUCGCAGCCAGAGGAAAAAUCGUCAUGUGCUCGGUCCAUCAGCCGGCAUCAGGUCUGCUCGACAUUUUCCACGAGGUGCUUCUGCUUUCCGGCGGAAGGGUCGCGUUUCAGGGGUCGUCCGUCGACGCCACUGAAUUCUUCGACAGCCUGGAUCUGAGAUGUCCGCCGACCUUCAACCGCGCAGAGUUCUACGUCUCUCAGUUGUCGAUCGUCCGGGGAAAAGAGACCGAGAGCUAUCAGAAGGUGAACUGGAUCUGCGACCAGUACGAGAAGUCGAAGUACGGUGAAAACGUGUCGAAGCUGAUCGAGUAUUCGUGCAACGGCACGCCGGACGCCAACCCACUGCCAUUAAUAUUUUCCGACGUCCCGCCGGCUCCCAUCGCUUUCAAAAAGGCUCUGCCUCUCACGCAGAUCGAGUGGCUCACCUGGAGGACGUACGUCGACUACAAAAGAAGCAGCACCACGCUUCUGCUGCGAUUCGUCACCUACCUGCUCAUAGGCCUGGUGAUCGCGUCGCCGUACGUUGGCAUCACGGCGAAACGGAUGAACCAGGGCGGGAUACAGAACAUGCAGGGUCUGUUGUACCUGGUGGUCGUCGAGACCGUGUUCACCUUUAAUUACGCCGUCUUCUACACGUUCCCGCAAGAGUUGCCGCUGCUGCUGCGCGACAUCGCCGGCGGACUUUACGGGCCAGCGCCGUAUUACAUCAGCAAAGUGGUGGUUCUGAUGCCCGGAGCGAUAUUUCAGCCGCUGCUCUACUCGGUUCUGAUAUACAAUAUCACUGGAUUGAACGGUGGAUUCUUAGGAUUCAUCUACUUCACACUGCCAGUAGUAUUCUGCGCCAUUUCCGCGUCCGCUCUCGGUCUGCUUAUAUCGGCGUCAUUCAAAUCGGUGGACACGGCCUCUUUGUUCUCCGUGCCGAUCGACUUCCUUGGCCUAAUGUUCUGCGGGAUCUAUCUGGAUCUCGGACACCUGGCGCCAGGAACCGCGUGGUUAAAGUACCUGUCCCAGUUCUACUACGGUCUAGAAGCGGUUUCCUUGACGCAGUGGUUGCUGAUCCAUCAUAUAGAUUGCUCCGCAGACCCGGAAGAGCCCUGCAUAUCGAGCGGUCUCGAAGUCCUCGAGAAGUAUGGUUACCUACCGAACCACUACGUGACGGAUCUGGUCGGCCUGCUGGUGAUAUUCGCCGUCAGUCAUUUCGCCGGUUUCCUAAUCAUUCGGCACAGAAGCCGCAAGGAAGCUGUUUACUGACGCUACACCGACAUUAUCAAAUUUACGCAACACUUGUCUGUCAUCUUGAUAUUUAAAUAAACUAUGAUAAUAAAAAAACCAA